AUGAUUGAAGGUAUUCUUAAGAUACCACCACCAAGUCAGAUGCUAUUCAACAAGGACAGCCAACUGAUGGAAGACGAGAAAACUCUUGCUGAGUAUGGGCUGACCUCAGCUACGGCUAAAGCACAAUGUCCUGCUCCAAUCGGAUUGGCUCUAAGGAAAGAGAAUGGUGAAUUUGAAACAUUGGAUCUGACCCCAUACUCCUCACCACCGGAUUUGCCAGACGUCAUGAAGUCACAGGAGACCAAUGGCCAAGAACAGAUGGAUCAACAC